CAUGUGUUAAUUGCAAAACAGUGGCGUUUAGUGCAAAAUCAAAUAUCUAGUGUUUCCUUUGCCAUUGUGAUUGUUUAAGUAUACAUAAAGCAAACUUGGAAGUUUGAAAGGUCUAAACUCCCUCUUGUCUUCUACCGAUCUUUAUUAUUUCCUCUUUUUAGUUCUUAUUACGUUCAAAUUAACUUCCCCAUCUCAAGAAUUUUUAGCUUCUCCACUUCCCAGAUGCUGAAAAAGGCAGUCUCGUAACUAAAACCACAGUUGCUUGUGCUAGUACCAGAUCAUCAGAAAGAUGAGGAAAGCAAUCCUAUCAGUUAAUUACCAUUGCAUUUUCUUCUGUCUUAUUGCAUUUCUGUUACUAUAUGAAUCGGUUAUGGGGGAUCCCAGAGCUCAACAAGUGAAAAUGACAUGCGGACGACAACUUGGACACAAUUCAAGUAUCUAUGUACCGAAUUUUGUUGCCACAAUGGAGAACAUCAGUGAGCAGAUGCGCAAUUCAGGAUUUGGAGUAGCAGUUACAGGUUCUGGACCUGACGCUGACUAUGGCCUUGCUCAAUGUUAUAGAGACCUUUCUUUACUUGACUGUGUAUUAUGCUACACUGCUGCCCGAACAGUUCUACCACAAUGCUAUCCUUACAAUGGGGGUCGCAUUUUUCUUGAUGGUUGCUUCGUGAGAUCAGAAAACUAUAGCUUCUAUGAGGAAUAUAAAGGACCUGAAGAUGAAGUUGUGUGUGGAAAUACAACAAGAAAGAAUUCAACAUUUGGAGAAUCAGCUAGGCAGGCUCUUUCAACUGCAGUUUCAACUGCACGAAAUAACCAAGGCUAUGCAAGGGCUCAGGUGGCAGUUGCAGGGACAAAUGAAUCAGCUUAUGUAUUAGUUGAUUGCUGGAGGACAUUGAAUGCAAGCUCUUGCAGAGCAUGCUUGGAGAAUGCUACCGCGUCCAUAUUGGGAUGUUUACCUUGGUCAGAGGGGAGGGCACUGUAUACUGGGUGUUUUAUGAGGUACUCGGACAGUAAUUUUCUCAAUGCAGAGCCAAGGAAUGGACGUUCAAGGGGGAAGGUCAUAGUGAUAGUGGUUUCAAUUGUCAGCUCUCUGGUGGUCUUAGGAGUUGGGGUAACUAUAGGAAUUUAUAUCAGGAAGCACAGAUACUUAAAGAAGAAAAGAAGAGGUUCAAAUGACAUACAUAAGUUGGUUAAAACCCUUAUCGACAGUAGCUUGAACUUCAAGUACUCUACACUUGAGAAGGCUACAGGAUCUUUCGAUGAUGCCAACAAGCUUGGACAAGGAGGAUUCGGAUCAGUUUAUAAGGGAGUUUUGCCAGAUGGAAGAGAGAUUGCUGUAAAAAGGCUUUUCUUUAACAACAGACAUAGAGCAGCAGAUUUCUACAAUGAAGUUAACAUGAUAAGCAGUGUGGAACACAAAAAUCUAGUCAGAUUGUUGGGAUGUAGUUGUUCCGGACCUGAAAGCCUCCUUGUCUAUGAAUUCCUGCCUAACAAGAGCCUUGAUCGUUUCAUCUUCGAUCAAAACAAAGGCAAAACACUAACUUGGGAGAAGAGAUAUAACAUCAUUAUGGGGACAGCAGAAGGUUUAGUCUACCUUCAUGAAAACUCCAAGAUCAGGAUCAUUCACAGAGACAUAAAGGCCAGCAAUAUUUUAUUGGAUACUAGGUUCCGUGCUAAAAUUGCCGAUUUUGGAUUGGCCAGGUCUUUCCAGGAAGAUAAGAGUCAUAUCAGCACAGCCAUUGCAGGAACACUUGGAUACAUGGCUCCAGAAUACCUUGCUCAUGGCCAGUUAACAGAAAAAGCAGAUGUAUAUAGCUUUGGUGUGCUUUUGUUGGAGAUUGUCACAGGAAGGCAGAACAACAGGAGCAAAACCUCAGAAUACACAGACAGUCUAGUCACCCUUACGUGGAAGAAAUUUCAGGCAGGGACAGUGGAAGAGCUUUAUGACCCAAACCUAAUGUUGCACAACCACCAUAACAGCAACGUGAAGAAUGAUGUUCUGCGAGUAGUGCAUUUAGGACUCUUGUGUACCCAAGAGAUACCUUCGCUCCGACCAACAAUUGCAAAGGCGCUACAGAUGCUAACAACAGAGGAACAACUCCCUGCACCCACUAAUCCCCCUUUCACAGACGAAAGAACCAUGGAAUUCAAUGACACAUGUGAGGACCCAUGGUAUCCCCUUAAUGCUGGCCUUUCAGCAUCAAUUGCAACUGUCACCCUCAGUUCCUUCCAUUCGAGAUGAACUGGAGCAAAAAGAGUUUUACAAAGGAUAAUCGCAUUUAAAAUGUGAAUAUAAAAUCAAAGAUUAUAAACAUCCCCAGUCAGUAUGUAACCUCAUCAAAUCACAUGUUGCAGGCAAUUUCAGGAACCUGAUGAGGUAUUUGAAUAGUUGGCAAUAAAAUGGGAAGCUGAUUACUUGUAGACA